GUAGGCUAGUUGAUUUGAGUGGACCGAUGCCGGCUGCUGAAACAGGGUCGCGUUAUGAGGUGCUUGACGUUUCUUCUCUCACUUCCAGAAACGCUGAAAAAGUCUAAACGGGCCGGUAAACACGCGGGCAAGUUGCCGGUGUGCUACGAGAUUUUAACUCUGUCGCUGAAGAAAAAGAUGGCAGCGGAACUGUUUCCAGCCAAGAGCCACACCAACCUCCAGAGCGCCGGGACCAUCGCGGUCAGCCCGUCCGAAGAGAACAGCCUCGGGUCGGUCACGCAGCCGCUCAGCCCCGUCACGACACCCACCACCCAACAGAACAUCCUCAACAACAACAACACUGAGAACACCACCGAGAAGCUCGCCGUGAGUGCGGCUCACCCGACACUCCGGGAGAGAAAUGCCUCGAUGUUUAAUAACGAACUGAUGGCUGACGUCCAUUUUAUUGUCGGUCCACCGGGAGACACGCUCAGAAUUCCCGCACACAAGUACGUCCUGGCCGUAGGGAGCUCCGUGUUCUGCGCCAUGUUCUACAGCGAGCUGGCGGAGACCGAUUCGGAGAUCCGGAUCCCAGAUGUGGAGCCGCCCGCGUUCCUCGCCCUGCUGAGGUACCUGUACAGUGACGAGGUGGAGCUGACGGCCGACUCCGUGCUGGCAACGCUGUACGCUGCCAAGAAGUACCUGGUGGGGGCGCUGUCGCGCGCGUGCGUGAGCUUCCUGGAGGCGGGGCUAGAGGCGGGGAACGCCUGCGUGCUGCUCAGCCAGAGCGUGCUGUUCGAGGAGCCCGGCCUAUCGCAGCGCUGCUGGGAGAUGAUUGACGCGCAGGCCGAGCUGGCCCUCCAAUCGGAGGCCUUCUGCCAGCUGGACCCGCCCACGCUGACGCGGCUGCUGCGGCGCGAGACGCUGAACGCGCGCGAGGCGAGUGUGUUCUCGGCCGUGGAGCGCUGGGCGGAGGCGGAGUGUGUGCGGCGGGGGCUGAGUGUGUGUGCGCAGAGCAAGCGCAGCGUGGUGUGUGGCCCGGUGCUGGCCCAGGUCCGCGUGGCCUCGCUCUCGCUGCAGGAGUUCGCCGACGGUCCCGCCCAGUCCGGCCUGCUGUCGCUGGAGGAGACCAAUCAGAUGUUCCUCUGGCACACCGCCGCCAACAAGCCCCGCCCCCCCUUCCCCUCGUCGCCACGGCGAGGACUCCGCCCCCAGCGCUGCCGCCGCUUCCAGUCGGCCGCGUACCGUAGCAACCAGUGGCGUUACCGCGGGCGCUGCGACAGCAUCCAGUUCUGUGCGGACCGGCGCGUGUUCCUGGCGGGGGUGGGGCUGUACGGGUCGAGCGGCGCCGGGGCGGAAUACGCCGUGAGCAUCGAGCUCAAGCAUCGCCACGGCAACACGCUGGCACACACGCACGCCCGCUUCACCUCCGACGGAUCCAGCGCCACCUUCCCGGUUCUCCUGGAGCACCCGGUGCUGGUGGAACCCGACGCGUUCUACACGGUCAGCGUGGUUCUGGAGGGAACCGAGCUCAGCUACUUCGGGCAGGAGGGGCUCACGGAGGCCCAGAGUGGGAACGUCACCUUCCAGUUCCAGUGUUCCGCAGACAGCACCAACGGAACCGGCGUGCAGGGAGGACAGAUCCCAGAACUGGUGUUCUACGCAUGAGGAACGCACGCACACACACACACACACACACACACACACACACACACACGCACACACACUGAGGCUGGACCCUAACAGAGGACACACAC